AUGGGUGUUAUCCGCUUUCCUCGUCCCACGGGCAUCUAUGUCCCUAGUUCACCUACACGCACACUCACCAACGACAUGAUCUCGCCUCCCCUCUCCCCCGACUUCAAUUUUGACUCUGAGAUCCUGAUCCCCUCCAUCCUUCCCGCCCUCGAAUACAUCUCUUCUAAGCUGCAACAAAAGAUGCUACAUGUCACACUCCUUGUUGGUCGUGGGAAGCCAUUCCCCACUGGCCACUCCUCCGAUCUGAUGAUUAUCCCAACUGCACACCUCGACGCCCCAUCAUGGCGAGUCCUUGAGCGAGCCCUUGCUAAAGCUUCCAAAAAGUUCUCGCUUGGCCAAAGCUGGUCCGACGCCCUAAGCCGAAGCCAGUACGAGCGACAAGCAAACGAAUAUCUCGUGGAGCAAUCCAUCCUCCAAAACGAAGUCGUCUUCAGCCAAGAAGGCUUGACCCUCCUCAACAUGGAUCGCAUCUACACAUUCAAGCGCCGUCUUUGCAUUCUCUCUAAUAAACCGUUCUCCCGUACCGACGACAAGUACAUGACAUCCUGCGUCCAGCUUCUCCGUCGGCUGGUCGCCGAUUUCCAAGGUCGCCCUUUCAGCAAAGCAUUUUUCCACCGCGUUUACGAACAGCUCGAUGUUCGUGACGAUCUUCUCACAGCGGUCGCAUUGACAUACAAAAAUACCCACAAGCAAGAGGCUAUCAUUUUGCCCCCGCGAGCCACGGCCGAAAACUCACGGAAGUCGCCGAUUCGCACUGCUCGUGCUCGGCGACAGCCUCCGCCAGUCAAGUCGGCAGAGAAAUCGGCGGUGAAGCGACCGACAAAACGAGGACCGAAAACACCUCUCUCGGCCUCGGACGUGACCCCGAUCACCAGAAAUGAGUGGAAUAUGUUGGUUGCGCAGGAUAUUCAUGAGGUCCAGGGCUCCAUCACCAAGUGGACCCCAUCCCCGGCAGUAUUUGCCGUCGCAUGA